AUGAGCGACCGCUCGUCUUCUUCUGACGAAGCAACUCUUACUGACGCAGAGAACAUGCGAGAACACAAUUUUCCCCCGGACGUCGUGUCGACGAUGGAGGUGGAGGAGCAUAUUGAGCGCGACGCGGACGACGAGCUUCUACAAGAGCCUGAUGACGCGGCGCAGCUGCCAGCAGAGCUCGGCGGCGUCGGCGACGUUGAUGCUGGAGGUCCUUCCGAGUCGCCUUCGUAUCGAAACUUACGAGAAGGCUGCUCAAGCGGAAAUCCAAGCCCUCUCGAGUGCCCUGCUGCUGAUGCUAUUAGCUCGAGAAGUCCGUCGUCAAGACAGGCUGAAGAGGCCUCUCGCCAAGCAGUGGCGCAGCCUGGCAGGCCGGACGAUUCCAGUGAGCGUCGUCAGUGCGGCGGCGCUCCCGCGGGGGACCUUCCGUUAGUUACGGCGGGAGUGGCGGCGGAAAUCGGAACUACGACUGCGGCGGCGACAACGGGACAGCCACCAAUGUCCCAACGUCGAGCGGCGAGGCAACGGCUAGCUCUGCUGAAGCGUCGGAUACCGCGGGACGGGUACAUGUGGCUCAAGUACGGCCAGAAGCAGCUCACAGGCGGCACUCACGGCAGGCACUACUAUCGCUGUAGUCACUUUCGCCAACCAACCGAGUGUCGCGCGCGGCGCGUGGUCGAUUUCCACAAGCACGACUCCAAGCUCCCGCUCCGAAUCUCCUUCUUCGGCGAACACAACCAUCCGCCGCACCACCCGCCGCAACUGCUCGCAGCACCGCCGCAGACCCCUUCCGCCGCUGCCGCGCAGCCGGCUUCCGCAGGCGCGACCGCCGUGCAGGCGUCUUCCGCCGCCGCAACCGCCCCCAGAAGCAGCCGCCACCCCGCGGACCGCCUCAGGCUCUCCCUGCCCGAUGACGUCAUCGGAUCCGCGCUGGCAGGCGGAGCUUCUGCCGCAUCUGCUGGCGGAGGCGGAAGCGGGCCGCAAGCUGCUGGUGCUCAGCCUGGCGGAAGCGGAAGGGGGGACGGGGGAAAGCAGGCGGAGAUUCCAGCAGGCGUCGGGGGAAGGCUGCCUUACAGUCUAGCGGAACUCGAGGCCCUCGCGGCCGUUCUCCGCGAAGCCGCUGCUGCCUCCGCCGCUGCGGGCAACGCACACGCGCCGCCAAUGGAGGGCUCGAGCGGCAGAGCCAACGUCGCCGCCACCAACAACAGCGCCACCAGCGCCGCGGCUGCCGCCACCAAUCAGAGGGUGCUCGUUAAUGUGCGCGCUUGUGCUUCAAGCCUUGGCAGUAGCGACGGUGGCGGCAGCAUCCGCGGUAGCAGCAGGGCGGUCGCAGCAGAGCGGGAGCAUCAGCUUCUAGAAUCGUUAGUCAACCUGCUGACGUCACCUGUGGCGUCACCCGGAUCCGGAUCCGCCUCCCUCACCCGCCGCCCCUCGUCUGCGCCCUCUCCUCGGGAUCUCCACUCCCCCAUGCAGACUGGCUCUCUGCUCUCCCCCACAUCGGCUGUUGCUGCGGCGUACCCUCACUGCGCAUCCUACCCCUCCUACCGCUCGCCUGCUGCCACGUCACCCUCCAGCAUGACGUCAGCCUCUGGGUCAACGCAGUACUCUCCACAUGCUAAAGGACCCACAGGGCCCAUGGUUCACACAGGGACACGCUUUGGCGUACCAUCCUCCUCCCCUCGCGCAGGUGCGCCUUUCGCCAGUGCGGGGCCCUCCGCGCAGAGCCAGCAGCAGCUGGCGGCGGCAGCCAUUCUAGCGCACCUGCUAACCAUGCAGUCGCGCCAGGGCGCCUCCCCAAGAACCCCCAACCCCGUGCAUGAAACACACAGGCCAGCACCAGCACCGCUGCCCAUGCGUGAGGCGCAAGGGGUGGCACCAGCACCGCGCACUGUCCAUGAGGCGCAAGGGGGAAUGCACCAGCCGCACGCGGCUAUACAGCAGCCUUUGAAUGCGGUUCAGGGCGGUUUGGUCUCCCCUCCCCGCCCUGCCCUUUCGUGCCCACCCGAGGGCCGAGUCCCCGCCCCUCCGCCGCUGUUCAUCCCCCGCCCUGCCUCCUCCCCUGCCGAGUAUUUCUCUGCCUCUGCUGCCAUCUCCUCGCCACGUGGCACAAGUGUGAACUGCCAAGUCAGCACCUGGCCGCCAGCUCAGGAGCAUCAGGCCUCCCAGCCAUGGGCUGCGGGGCAGGGCUUUGGGGGUUGCGGGACAGGGUUUGAUGGUGGGAUGGGGGAUGCGGAGCUGUGGCAGGGGGACGGUGUAGGGAAGCAGGCGGAAGUGGGAGGGGUGGCUUGGCGCAUGAUGGAGCAGGACUCUGGUGCUCUGCGGGUGACGUCCCAGUUGCUAUCAGCCGCUCCUAUGGCCGAUGGCAGCGAUGCCAGCGGGUUUGGAUUCGGAAGUGGGACUUCCCAGCUUCCCGAGUCCAGUUUCAAUGGCGGUGCCAGUUUGAACAGCAGUGACAGUUUGAACGCAGAAGCAGCGUUUUCCCAGCUCCAGAGGCAGCUGCAGGAGCAGGCCAAAACUGGCAAUCUGUUUGCUUUCGGUAAUGCCUCAACUUCCGCAGCAGCGGGUGGGGUGAGCAGGCAGCAGCGCGCUGCCACAAAUGUGAGCCCGCUUCAGGUGCAUGAGGAGGAUUCAGGGAAAGAGAGGGAAGCUGCUGGGGUUGGGGAGGGUAGUGUGUUCGUUUCGCAACCAGGAGAGCCGCUUGCAAUCCAAGUGGAUACAGGCAGGGCGAAUGGGUCAGGAUCUAGCUGCUUGUUCAAUAAUCAGAGUGGCUAUUAUGCUGGAGAUGCUGCAGCAGGUGGCGAGGGGAACAUACGGUACGCAUCUUCAGACCUGCCGGGUGUCUUUCACCACAGCCCUGAUUUGCUGCAGAAACAGAUUCAGGACACAUUGGAUCAGCAAGAGCUGGAUGCGGCCAUGCUUGCUGCUGUCACUGCGGGAACCGUAGGAGUAUCUGCUGGUGCCGGUUCUGCUGGGGAGAUUACCGUGGGCGAGAAUGGGUGUGGUUUUUACGGCAGUGGCCAAGCAGCUUCGCAUUCACAAUCAGGUGGAUUUGGAUGCGAUGUUGGCAGCGGUCAGCAGCAGCAUUCGCUUCGUGAGGAGCAGAAUGGAGGCACUGAGAAUCUUCUGGCAAUGAUGGCGUUGCUGAGAACCUUGACCGACCCAGAUGACCACAUGACACUAGAUGGAUCCGGUGCGCCCGCUGGCGGGCACGCUGGCGCGCACGGCUAUGGUGGCGGACAAGGCUACACUGGCGGCGGCGGAAGCAGCGGUUAUGGGGGUCACGGGUACACGGGGGGAGGUGGCGCGGCAAGGGGCCCGCGCGGAGGCAGGGCGCCGUACGUGUACCAUCCUUCCGCGCAAGCGCCCUCCACGCAAGCUCCCCCAGUGGCACAAGCAACCCCCCCGCCUCCCCCUCCGCCAGCCCCCGUGAACCCCGCCGUGGCGGAGGCUGGCGCGCGGGCUGUGCGGUGGCUAGAGGAGGCAGCCGAGGGAAUCGGCGCUGACGUGGCGUUGCGCGGAGCGGCCAGCGAUUCUGGAGCCAGUCGUUUCCCGACAGCUGGCGGCGAUGGUUUACCUCAGGAGGUGCAGCUGAUAAGCCGAGUGGCGUCGCUACUCCAGUCACCCAUGGCCUCUCAGCUGCUUGCCUGGGAGCCCACCGCCAGUCGCAUCUGGAUGCUGCUGGAACGCCUGCUCGCACACAGGGAUGCGGUGAUCCAAUCAGCAGCUGCAUCUGCCAUUGGCGUUGCAGCGGCGGUCCGCCUCCCGUCCGAGUCUACCCCUCUCUCUCCAGCCGCCGCAGCGCCGCCAGCUGUCGCCAUCUCAUUCGCAGGAGCGGAGCGUCUCUUUGCGUGGGCGCUCCCCCAGCUCACCGAUCCCAAUGCUGACGUGGCAAACACGCGCCUCGCCCUGCUGGCAGCUGCCCCCUUCUGCCAGCUGGCACCCGCGCCUUUAGCACCCGAAGCUGAUUUGAAGUCAACCCCAACUGUUGCAUCGGCAGGAGCAGACGCAGCAGCAGCGGCAGCAGCGGCGGCGGCAUCAGAGCCAUACGUCUCCAGCUGUGUGCAGGCCUGCCAGGGCCUGCUAGAAGACGAAGGAACGCCGCCCACGCUCCUGCCGCCCAUCCUCUCCGUCCUCGUCGCCGUCGCAGAGCGCUUUCCCAGAACCUUCCUGCAGCAGUUUGAAGAAAUUAUCGACCUGCUGCUGGGCUGGGCUAUGGAGCCGUCAGUUCUGCCGGCUAGCCGGCAGCUUAUUGGUGACUGCUUCUUGCGGUUCGGCCGCCAGUGGCGGGAAAAAGGGGCGUUCACUCGAAACGUGCUGUUGAAAUUGGUGGGGGAUAUUGAGACAGAGGUGAAAGCAGGUAAAGGGUCUGGUGAUAGCGGUUCUGCUGGUGGAUCUGCUGGUGCUGGUGGUGCUGGUAGUGCUUCUCGGGCUGCAGGGGUUUCUGGCAGUGGUGGUGGUGGUGGUGGUGGUGGGGGGGGAAGGAGCAGGCCAGCAGCAAUGGCUGCAGCAGAAGAGACAGACGCUUCAGAUGCUCGCUUGGCCGCGCUGACUUUGUCUUUUAGCGCCGUUCUGGGCGGCGUGACAGGCUGGCGAGGCGUCCCUAGCCCCAGCACACGCUUCGCCCCAUCAGGUGCAGAAGUCAACGUUGGUGUUUCCACUGGGGGUUUUCCUAUGGAGGGUGUGAGUAGCGGGGUUACUGGGGGCAGUGUGAAUGGCAGGUUUACUGGGGAUGCAGCAGUUGGGCAAGGGAAUGCGGCUAGAGGGCAGGAUGAUGAGUCGUGGCGUCAGGUGGUUCCGUUGGAGAGCCUGUUCCGGCGCUGGCUGGUGCUGCUGAGAGAUCUCCUGCAGGUGGACAUAAAGGUGGAUUCUCAGGUGGAUUCUCAGGUGGAGGGAGGAGAUGGUGGGAAAGCAUUGCCAGUGGCAGCAGGUGGUGCUGGAAUGGGAGCAGGGGGAGAGAGGGCAGCAGCUGGAGGGGAAUCAGUAGGAGGGGGAGGGCAGGUGAGGAGGGUGCCGGUGGGGAGAGCAGGGGUGGCACGGGUGGCAUGGGUGGCGGAGUGGUGGGCGGUGUUGCCUGUCUUCGUCUGGGCGCUCUGUGCCCAUGGUGGUAACCACUUGCAGUAUUCGUGGAAAGAGAAGGAGCAGCAGCAGCAGCACCAAGAGCCACUGCCUCGCUUCUCUCCGGUUCAGCAGUUUCUGAGAAGCUUCUACGUGCCAGCUGUCGCCCCUCUUCUCAACGCCAUCGCCAGCACGCGCCUCUUCCCGCCGCCCGCCCUCGCGGCCGUGCUGCGCUGCCACCUGGCAGCACUCGAUUCGCUGCGGGGACUCUGUGUCACGGAGCUGCAGGCUCAACUGGGGGAGGUGGCAUCUGCCAAGCCCAACGCUUUAGACCAGAGAGAUCAACAGCAGCAGGGCAGAGAAGAGGAGGAGCCAGAGAACUUGGUUAGAGACGGGAAGGAAGGAGAUAGAAAAAAUAUUCCCGUUGAUGGGAAGGGAGAAAAUGGGAAAAAGCUUUCUCCCAGAAGGUCCAUUCCAGCAGACCCUCUGGCUGCAGCCUUCUCUGCUCUCCUCUUCGCCCGCCCCUACGCUCCCCUCCCCCUCCUCCGCCUACACCCCCACCCUGCUGUUGCCUCCGCUGCAGCUGACACCCUCCUCUCCCUCCUCGCCUUCCCUCCUCUCACACUCCUUCCCCCCCCCUCGUUUUCGCCCUCCUCCCCCCUUUCCCACUGCCUCUCCUCCUCCCCCCUGUCCGUGCCGCUCUCCUUCCUGCUAGCAGAGAUGCGCGACUGCUACCGCUGUGCCGCCCCCACCACGCACUGUAGCACCACCGGUAACCAGGCGACUGGUAGGGUUACCGGUGAGGGGAGCACCGGGGCAGGACAGCAGCGGAGGAAGAGGAGAAGGGCGGUGCGGCCCCGGGAAUGUCAUACCUUCUCUCAAGGGGAUUCCGCGUUGGAAGCCUGGUGCAGGCAACACGCAGCUGACCUGUCGCCGUCUGCUGACGUGGCGGAGUGGGAUUGGACGGCGGAGGAAGCGGAGGUGCUCCUGCGGUUUGACUUGGUGGCUCUGUCCUCGGGAGUGACCCAAGGGGCUCUGCUGUGUGCUCAAAGCAUUCAAGAAAAUACAGCAGCAGCAGCAGCAGCACCAUCAGUGGCGCAGCAAAUGGCAGCAGGCAUUUCCUUGCUGCUCCGAGCCCUCGUCUCAGACUACCGCCGUUGGACCCACCGCCUCUGGCCGCUCCCCCGCUGCCAGGUGGCGGCGUUUCACGGGCUGAGGGCCGCCUCUCAGGCAGCGUUUCAUGGCAACCGCAUGCUGCUGGGGUUGGGUGCAACAAGUACAAGCACAUCCAUUAUUAUCACAGCCGCUAAUGCUGCAACCACCUCCACUUGUGACAUCCCGGGUGCACCUGUUACUGCUGGUGCUGGCGAUGCUGCUUCUAAGAAACCAGAGAGCAAAGGCUUUGAGAAAGGUAUUGAGGAUGUCACUGGUAAUGCGCUUAUGGGGAAGAGGACUAGGAGCGGUGCCAGAGGAACAUCUACAGGUGCACUUGUUCUUGCUGAGCUGGCGCUUAGCUGGCGUGACAUGGCAUGGGCAUUGCAGGAGGGCGAGGCGUGUGCUGGUCUGAAGCUGGAGGCUCUGGCAUGGGCGGGCGGCGAUCAAGUUGCGGCCAACCGCAAGGCCAUGCAGGAGCUGCUUCAGAAGACGUUGCUCUCUGCUGCUGUCUCCCCCACCAUCCCUCGUCCUCUCCCCCUCCCUCCUCUCCAUCCCCUCACUCCCACUCCCUCUCCUCUCGCCUCUCCUCUUCUUGCUCUCACCGCUCCUUCACUUGUUUCUGAACCACCUGAAAUUCUCCGUGGGCCUUCUUCAGGUGAAAUGUGGCUCCUGAAAGCCGCAGCUUCAGGUGAAUUGCCAGUCCACCUGGCGUCGGCGUCAGGUGAUUUGCCGCUCAAGCCACAUCAGCUGGUGGCAAUUCUCAACCUGCUCUCCCGCAAGCAGUCCACGUCAGCACAGCCGCCGCAUCCUGAUUGGCUGCUGCGGAUCCUGCUCACUCUCCCAUCCUCCCCUCCCUCCACUUCCUCUCUCCCCUCACCUCCCCCUCUCCCUCAACCUCCUCCUGCUUCAUCUCAAUCCACUUCAGCAUCAUCACCAGACGCAGUAGCAGCAGAUGGAGAGCUCGACAGCUGGCGUCAGCUGGCGGCGGUGAACGGUGAGCUGGCGCUGAGCCUUUGA